AUGUCGAAUUCAAACGCGCCAGCCAGGGCGCCACUGAACGAUGCGCUCAAGCGCUCGAUGAACCACCGUGUGAAGCCCAACACAUUCACGGUGGACGGCAUCGUCAACGGCCUCUUCCGUCCGCUGUUCCACUCGCCGACUCUCUCGACCAUCGCUACGAUCCUGUCGCUCGUCAAGAUCCUGGGAGGCGCGAGCAACCUCAAGUUCACACGCGAUAGGACCGAUCUCAGCCGACGCGAGAAGCUCUCGUCGCUCACGGCCGACUUUGCCGCGGGCUGGGGCGAGAGUUCGAACCGCUUGGCACGCUGGUACCUGAUCAUCCGGUUGCUCAAGGCGAUCAAUGCCAUCGGCAACCGAUUCGUGAUCAACCGCGAGCCUCGUCGCCACAUUCGAUGGCACGACCACGUUGUUGUGAUCACGGGUGGCGCGCGAGGAAUCGGCGGCCAUGUGUGCAAGCUGCUGCGUCAAAAGGGAGCCACGGUGGUGGUGCUCGACCUGCCCGAAAAGUCGGAGCACGGCCUGGAGUCGCUGUACGUCCAGACGGACGUGACGGACAUCCAGUCGCUCAUCAACGCCAGGAAGGUGGUGGAGGACAAAGUGGGAUAUGCGACCAUGGUGGUGAUUGGUGCUGGUAUUGCUCGACACUCGUUCCUGCUCGACACGGAGGAGCAGUUUCCCUACGAGAUGGCCAAGCAGGUAUCCGAUGUCAACUUCCACGGCAUCAUGGCCACGCUCAAGACGUUCGGCGAGCACAUGCUGCCCGACGGCGGCGUCAAAGACCGUCCCUUCAAGCAGGCCAAGAAUGGCUGGGGUGGUCAUAUCCUCAUCAUCGCCUCUGGCGCCGCUUACAUUGAGUACGUACAUCAUCCUCCCCGUUCCCCUGACGAGACCAGAACUGACCUUUUUCGUUCACAAUUGCUCCAUAGACUGCCUGCGAAUGCGGCGUACAAUGCAUCCAAGGCGGCGGCUGUGUCGCUGCAUGCCUCGCUGUCGUCGGAGCUGCACGCGUAUCACAAGGUGGACAACGUGCGCAGCUCGGUCAUCUGCCCGCUCAAGAUCGAGUCCAAGAUGACCGAGGGCCGAAUGCUCGAUACGCACGACCAGUUCCUGCUACCCACGCUCACCAUCCCGGAGGCGGCGACCAAGAUCGUUGACAUCCUCGGGGGCGACAAGAGCAGGGUGGUGUACAUCCCUCGAGCCAUGUAUGUGCUGAGCAUGACCAAGGUGUUGCCGCUGUGGUCGGUACGCCUGGUGGGCAAGUUGACCGGAAGCAUGGACACGUUCCUGACGUACGCCAAGGAGUUCCGAAACAACGAGGACAACCUGUACCAGAAGUAG